AUUAAUAAACCUGGCAACGCUGUCCCCAAACAAAUCACAUGACAUGGUAAGCAUCGCACCCAACUUUGCUCCAAACACCAAAUAUAUAUACUUUCACAAGAAGCAAAAGUAAUAGCAAUAGCAGUGAACAAUGGAUGCCAACGGAGCCAAAGCUACAGAUCGCCAAGUAAAGAGUCUUCACACUGGCGGCGCACGCACAACGAUCCUCUUGACCAAUCGCCUGGGCAACUUCUUUCGCCGUAUGAUUGCCUACCUUGUGAGCUGGAUCUAUGAUUACCUCAAUCCGAGUGCUAAAAAUUAUCGCGAUGUGCCCUUGUCACCAAGAUGCGAUGCCCGAUUGGCAGAGGUGGGCCGCAAGACGAUGGUCUUGGAUCUCGACGAGACUUUGAUCCAUGCCUGCAUUUCUGGUUAUAGUGCCCAGAAAACGGGUUGCCUAUGCAGGGUGCCGGAGCAUAUAGAGCCCGAUUUUGUGAUCAGUGUUGAUUAUGGUCGUGACAAAUUGGUACCCAUUCGGGUCUUUAAGCGACCCCAUGUCGAUACGUUUUUGAAUUUGGUCACCAAGUGGUAUGACGUAGUCAUCUUUACGGCCAGCUUGGAGGAUUAUGCCAAUCAAGUGCUGGAUGUAUUGGAUGCCGGUCGAGGCAUAUUGAAUCGUAGAUACUAUCGCCAGCACUGCCGGGCAGACAAGUUCCUGACCAAGGAUCUCAACAUCUUGGGAACGGACAUUGGCAGGACCUUCAUCAUUGACAAUCUACCAAAGGCUUAUGCCCAUUUCCCGAAUAAUGCGUUGCCCAUCAAGAGCUUCUUCUACGAUCCGGAGGACAUCGAGUUGCUGAAGAUUCUGCCAUUUCUCGAUGCUCUACGCUUCACCAACGAUGUGCGCUCCGUUCUGGGUCGUCGGAACUAUCGAUAAUUACACAACGAGAGAUAUAUAUUUUUUUAACCAUAUAUAACAUAAAUAUCUAUUGGAUUCCGGUUGUAACUUUUUGAUACAUGACUAAAUGGAGCACAGAAUUGAAAUUAUCUAAAUUACAUGGAUUGUACGAGAGAAGUUGGAGUUUGCAGAGGCAGCGGAUUGCAUAGGUUGUGCUAUUAUUUACUUUAUUUGUUUUAUAAUUUUCUUAUGUACUCACCAUCCAAAGCUAAGCAAGUGUUGAGCAACAUCCUGAAACGAGCAACAUGUUGCUAGCACUUCAAUGUUGCCAAGGCUUAGCUGCAAUUUGAAAUUAAUAAAUA